GCUGGUUCACCUGAUUGCCUUUCUAUGCCAGCCAGUUUGCUUAUGUUUUCUUUUCUCUAUUGACGAAAAAUACACAAAAAGAAAAAAGAAAUUGGAGAAAUAAACGAAAUUGUGUAAUAAUUUGGCGAAUCGUACAUCCGUCGCUGGACUGGCUCGAGAUAAGCCAAGCGCACAUUAGCCGCAGCAAGCUCUGGUGCGUCGUCUAUGCACUCGUUUCAUGCACGGCCUUUCGGCGUUGGCACAAAUGAAAAUCAAGUAUAAAAUCAAAUGCAGUUUCGUGUUGAUGCACAUUCGCUUUGUUACACAAUCGGCGUCAAGGUCGCACUUGCAGCAAGUGGAAAUAUACGCAGACAUCAAGGAUAGUAAUCCCUUUGGGCACACACCAAAACCUGCCAUAAGAAUUAGGAUAAAGGAUAGUACCGUUCCAUUCGCACACAAAAGGAUUUGAAUAUGGCAACCACCGCUGGAGGCUGGCAGCCGCGGCAACUGCUACUUGCUGUGCUUGCAACAGCAACAUUAUUGUCAAUUGUCUGCGACGCUACCGCCGUACAUGUUACGUCGAAGGCCGAAGGGUAUGGGCGUACACCGGAAAUACACACUAGCCAUGCCCACAAAAACAUGGACCAUGUCUAUGCAAAUCAUGUGGGACAACAGCUGCAACAACAGCAACAGCAACCAACUCAGCAGCAUUAUUACGACUUUCAUUACGAACGAAAUAGCAGCAGCGACAGCAAUCAUAACGGCAUUGCUACACACACAGCCGACGAGACGGCGGAGUUAGAUGAAGAUAGAAAAACAACACGUCGCAGUUACAAUGGAUUUAGCGCUAGCGGAGGUGGCGGUGCGAGCGGAGCUGGUGCUGGUGCGCAUAAUGUCGGUGGCAGCAGUAGUUACAACUUUGGGGCAGCAAAGCUUAAUGGUCUCACAAAUCUCUCGGGUUUGCGGCACAUUAGUAGCGGUUUCGGCGGUAGCUGGAGCACGUCGGGACACGGAGGGUCUGGUGGUGCAUCAACCGCCACCGUUGUGGCAAAACAGCACAUACCAAUUUAUGAAGAACAGCAAGAAAAUGAUUAUGGCGCCGCCACAUUGGGUGCAUCCGGCGCAGCAGGACAUACUGCUCAGGAAAACAAUCAACACGGCGGUAGCAGCAGCAGCAGUAGCAAUAGCUGGAGCAAUAGUGGCAGCAGCAGCGGCUAUAAUUUGGGUAGCAGCUCUGGUAGCAAUGAUGCGCUUAGCACGGCGCUUUACAAUUUACACUCAGCUGGUACGCACAAUGGCUUCCUGCCUUCAGCCUUCGCUGGCAAAUACUCAUCAUCGGCAGCAGGCACCACAGCAUACGCAAGCGGCACACCUACGUACCAACAGCAUCAGCAGCAACGUCAACUGUUGCAACAGCCAAACGAUAAAAUCUCCGAUGGCAAUUUUCUGCAUCGUUACGAGCAAAAUUCCGGCGGUUACGAUGAACUUUCAACCUCCGCCACAUACGCACAUCAGCAGCAACACCGGCCCAUACCGAUACCAUCGGCAAUGCAGUACUUCAUGCCGCACGACAGUUACGGUCCCAUGCACACGGGCGCGGACUCGGCAACUUCUGCAGCAUCUGCAUCGGCUAUGGACGCGGAUAUCUCUUUUGCACACCAUCAUGGCGGAGGCGGCGGUGGUGGCGCGAGCCAUGCUGAUGAUGAAGAUGACGCGGGCGCAACUGGCUCCUCAUACGAUGAAUCCACUAAUUAUCUACCCGAACAACAUCACAUGGAUGGCGGUGGUGGAGGUGGCUCUUCAUCGCCACCCGAUGUCAUCAACUACAUUCCCUAUCCGGUGGUGAAGAAAGUGCACGUGCCUGUGCGUGAACCCGUUCAAAUACCAGUCUCGCAUGCGGUUAUCGUACCCGUCAGUAAGCCCGUGCCCAUACACAUACCCGUCACCAAGCAGGUGGCCGUACCUGUCCAAAAGGAGUUGAGAAUCCCUGUAGAGCGCGUGGUUCCAUAUCCGGUGGAAAAGCCUGUGGCAGUGCCCGUGGAGAAGCGUGUACCAUUUCAAGUGGUUAAAUAUGUACCAGUGAAAGUACCGCAUCCAUUCCCAGUCAAGGUGCCCGUUUUCAAAACCAUAUUGCACAAGGUAAAGGGUGGCUGGUGGUGAGCACGCUGUCCUUUGAGUGCAAUUAAUAAUCGGACUUAUUUGCGAGUAUGCACAAUUACCGUUAUACAUUCAUAAAUAUGUAUAAAUGAAUAUUAUACAUUAAUCGAUAAGACUGUUACUCAACAUGUUUAACUUAAGCAUAUACUAUACAUAUGUGUGGCUAUUUAAUUUAUAAGUAUUUAAAGUGUUUCGAACGAAAAUAAUUAUAUUUAUUAAACGAGCAUUACUCCCG